UAACAACCGUUCCUCUCUUUUUCAUUUAAUCGAGUUUUGUGUUUAUUCUUAUUUUAUGUCGACCGACAGAUGUGGAUAAAAACACGAAUUUUUCAUGAUUCUCCCGCAUUCCUUCCUCUCGCGUCGGAAGAUGUUUUCGAUUUACAAAAACGUAAAAACAUCUGCGCGCUCGUAACUUUGUUUUUGUAUAUUUCUUCCCACUUCACGUUCGUAUUUCAUCGACUAAUAAAAAAUUACAUCUCGGACGGUCUGAAAUAAAUUCUAAAAUUCACUUUGACCGAUCAGUCUCGGAUCUUUUACUUAAAUUCUCCUCUCUGCGGAAACGUGUGCGAAUUCCGCGUCAUUCAAUACAGUCGUGAUCGCGCAAAAAGCAAAACAGUUUUCAUAAUCUCGUUACACGAAAGUAGCCAAUCUCCCCUGACCUUCUCACAAUGUAUUGGCGUGCAAAGUGAUCGUACGGGAAAUUGACGCGCACGGAAUCACGCGGAAGCGAGUGAACAGCUGCCGGAAGUCACAUUCGCGGGAAGAAGAGACGCACACGGAUCAGAUCGAGUACGCGCGAAGAAGACACACUUACACCUCGAGCGAGCAAGACCCGUUCGUCACCGUGAUAAUGCUGAAGAUCUCGUCGGCAGCAGCGAUGGAAACAUGAGGACCGUGACAGAUCGUGCAUCCGAACGACGAGACUCCACUUCUACCGACAAUAAAUGACCGAUGUGACGCAACCAGUCAGGAGUAUUUUUGUGCAAAAUGACUCGCGCCCUUGUCCUUCUCUGCAUGGCCAUCAUUCUACCUCUCGUACGAUGCCACAAGAUUCACGAGCACAUGACAAGGGAAGAGAUGCUAUCGGUGUUCUACACGGGACACGAUUCCGUGCCGCCGUACGAAGUCGUGCCCGUGUUUCACACGGUGUACAAGAGGAGCGUGGACGCGAUACCACAAAUUCACCUGAAGGCCUUCGGCAAAGAUAUCAGCCUUUCGUUAAAGCCCACGGAAGGACUGCUGACGGUCAACAGUCUGCCGAUGUGGACUGUUGUCAGAAACGCCUCGCAACCCGACGGCCUUCGCUACGAGCGGGUGAAGAACGCUGACGUGGAUAUCGGUGACAUCUAUCAAGACACGGAGAACAUGGCUUCCAUUCUGCUGCACCGGGACACGAAUGGGAAAGUGCGCGUUGACGGAACCAUCGGUUCGGGAUUGGUUAUUCGACCGCUGCCGGAACGGGUUCUGCAGGAAAUCGUGAGCAAAACGCCGUCUCUCCACGAAUCCGAAUUACUGCCCAACGUUACCAGAAACGACGACUUGAAGCGCACAAGUCAUCACAUUGUUUACAAAACAGUGGAUCGGCCCGUCGACGACGAGUACAGCGAUUUUUCGCUGAUGGAGCCCGACCACUUAGCUAAGAGGUAUAGAAUCAAGCGGUCGAUCAAUAACAGAUCGAAGCGCGAAGCACCGUACGUCAUUUACCCGGAAAUCCUCUGCAUUGUGGAUUACGACGGGUACAGAUUGCACGGCGGCGACAACGUACAGAUCAAACGAUACUUCGUGUCCUUCUGGAACGGAGUAGAUCUGAGGUACAAGUUACUAAAGGGGCCAAAAAUACGUAUCAGUAUAGCGGGGAUAAUAAUCUCACGGGGACGAGACGCGACACCGUACUUAGAAAGGAAUCGCGUGGGAAGAGACGCAAUUGACUCGGCGGCCGCUCUGACUGACAUGGGCAAAUACCUUUUCCGGGAGAGGAGACUUCCUGUGUAUGACAUCGCAGUUGCCGUUACAAAAUUAGAUAUGUGCAGGAGGCAAUACGCGAAUGAUGUGUGCAAUAGAGGAACCGCAGGAUUCGCGUACGUUGGCGGAGCCUGCGUCGUGAAUAAGCGUCUCGAGAAGGUGAAUUCGGUCGCUAUCAUAGAGGACACCGGUGGAUUCAGCGGUAUCAUUGUCGCCGCGCACGAAGUGGGCCACCUAUUGGGUGCCGUUCACGAUGGUUCGCCGCCGCCUAGUUAUCUCGGCGGACCGGGCGCGGAAAAGUGCCGCUGGGAGGACGGAUACAUCAUGAGCGAUCUUCGUCACACCGAGAAGGGCUUCAAAUGGUCCCACUGCAGCGUGUCCUCCUUCCAUCACUUCCUGAACGGUGACACAGCGACGUGCUUAUACAACGCACCUCACGAGGACGAGGCGCUACCGAGAGUGCUUCCGGGAAAGCUGCUGUCUUUGGACGCGCAAUGCCGGAAAGACCGCGGAACAAGCGCUUGUUUUAAAGAUGAUCGAGUUUGCGCUCAGCUGUUCUGCUUCGACGCCGGUUCGGGAUAUUGCGUCGCGUAUCGUCCGGCGGCGGAAGGUUCACCUUGCGGAGACGGUCAGUACUGCCUGAACGGAAAGUGCGUGGCGGAACACGAGAACAUCAUACCGGAUUACACGCAGAACAUACCGACGUACGUUCGCCGGGACAGCAUAUUCAAUCCCGCUCAGCAAAAUCGGCCGAUAUUCGCUCAGUAUAACAAUACAGACUACAGGUCUCCAUGGGAACCGACGACGCAGAGCACGCCGUUAACGAGCGUGACCGCGUCGACUACGACGAUAACGACGUCGACUAAUUCUUACAAACGCGUCACACUACCGCUAUUCAAAUACACACAGACAACCGCGAACGACUUGUACACCGAUCGGUACAAAUACUAUAACGAUAACGAUAGUAAUAGGAACGUUGGUGGCGGCACGACCACCACCAGGAGAAGCUUCAGUUUCUUCAACUUGUUUAACACCGUCAGUACCACUCCGAAGGUCACUAACGGUCCGAUAAUUAGUCCGUUCAGAUAUCGGAACAGCGUGAUGUCGCUUUCCACGACGACCACGACGGGAUAUCAGAACGGCCUUCGAAAUAACGGCCGCGUUUUAGAAACAGAGGCCGAUGAAUGUACGGACGUGGGAUCAGAUUGCGCGAAUAUGAUUGACAGGCUGGGAACAUGGCUGUGCCAUCUACAAUCUGUGAAGAGUCGUUGCUGCGCGUCCCUGAAGACAAUCUGUGCUGACUAACACAACGAACGCAACAAAAAAAAAAAAAAAAAAAAAAAAAAAAAAAAAAAAAAAAAAAAAAAAAAACGAAAAUCGAUUCGAUAGCUUUGUUUACGUUUUCAUACGUUUUUCCGUCACGGACAAUUAUCAAGGAAUGUUAUCGCCCGCAAGCCGUCGUGAUGGCAUCCGGAAAUAAAAAGCGUCGCACUGACAAAACGGGAAGAGGGGGGAGAGACGGGGUUGAUCCCUCUUGUGUCUUCUCUUUCUCGCGGAGAGACUGCCAAAUUCACGAUUUGCGGUUUAUCAUCGAUUGCGCGACGAACGUGAGACCGCACAUCGGAUUUUUCAAGCAGAGCUGCGCAAUCUCAUACCUCCCGACACACACACAUGUAACUUUUUACGUUGUAGUGGUACAUUACCGCGAGCCUCGAAAUACGUACCGUACGUAUAGUGAAUCUAAAGAGAAAAAUAAAUAUACAAAAAACAGACUGGACUAUCAAUCGGUGCGGUAUUUCGACUGGGCUUGUAUUUAUUCGGUAAGGAGCUAGCGGAUCUCGCGAAGGACUCGCCACACGGCACAGGUGCGUCACGCGCGCGCGUGUCGCAAGCGCGCGUGCGGACGGAGCCAUUUCGGAUGGAAAUCACGAAGAAACUGUAUAGCGCAAGACAAUAAAUGGGAAUGAUUUUAAAUCAUUGUCUUAUGUUUCUGCAUCUAUUCACCUAUGGUUCUUAUUUUUCUUUCCGCAAUUAUGCGUGUAUACGACAACGUGAUUUAUGUUAUUCGUACAUAUUUGUAUAUAAAUUCUGAACAGAUCUCACUAAAAGAAAAUUGUUAUUAUCGAUAGUUGAAUUGCCUCUGUUUAAUUAUUGCAUUUUGCAGAUUCACAUUUUUUUACUUGUUUACUUAUACUCUGUAUCUCUUGGUAUUCUAAUUAAUCGUUUAAUUAAGAACGAAAUAUAUAUUUUCUGCAAAACUCGUCGCCAUCAAGAUCUGCAGUAGCCGCAGAUGAUAGAUUGCAAACGCAUGAUUGAUGAUAAUAAAACGCACGUAAUAACAUACGUUACAUUUUUUUUUUAUGUUACUUCGCUAUUGACGCGAGUCUGAAAUUACCGAGGAUGUGUCCACACACGCGAUCAAGUCGAAUUACGUUCGUAGCGCGUGAUAAACGAUUUAUUUGACAGCGAGCAGACAUCAAAAUAUGUCAUUCAAAGUCAUAAUCUUUGUACAAAGAGAAAGAAUUCGAUGUCCUUCAGGAGAACGUAAUAAUUAUUUAUGGUAUCUGAACUUGCGUUAUACUUUGUGACAGGCACAUGCAUCAAUCACACGUGGAUCGAAUGCGCGGACGUGUCGUCGGUUUUGGAAAAUUAAUCGAACUUUUGAAUGCUAUUAACAGCUUUAUCGCAGAUGAUUUCUUAUAUAAAACUAGACAUUAUUUACGAAAUUCUGUUGAUGUAAUAACAGUAAUUCUUGUAAUAAAUGUUAUUCUGUCAA